CUCUGCAGCGCAGGCAGCCCCAAACUACAUCGAGAAGCCGGGGACGCCCCCUCACAUCCCGUGUGCUCAUUCAAGGUUGAUGAUGAUGAUGAUCAUGAUGGUGAUGUUGACGGUCUCUCAAGCUCACUAAAGGAACAGCAUGGAGAUUGGCACUCUGCACUGCUAAUGGGGUCAUGGGACACACAUUGUCAUUGAUCACUUGUGUGGAUUUAACCAGUGAGGAGCAGCAGAAACUGCUAGAAGGGCGUCAAGAAUUAACACAGCACUGAAGGUCGUUGAAUCCUGUUCUUUUAAUUUCUACUUGGAAGAAUGUCUGAGCAAGGUAAAGCAGAAGAAGCUGGAAAUGAGCAAGACUCAGCCAUCUCUCAGCAAGAAAAUUGCAUCCUUAAUACAACUGAAUGCUCAGAGGCAGAUGAUAAAGAGGAAAAUGGCAAAUCAGACCAGAAACGAGGGGCUAACCAGAACCAGCAGAAAAAGAGAUCCAAGCCAGGAGGGAAGGGAAAACUUGUACGAAGCCUCGCUGUAUGCGAAGAAUCAUGCCCUCGUCUGGAAUCAGAGAAUGACAAUCAGGAAUCAAUACAGCUACAGCUUUCAACCUUCCCCAGCCUACAAGAAGAGGAUAAAUCUAGUAAAGAUGACUCUGAGAAAGAAAAAGAGAAGGAUAAAAACAAAGAAAAAGAUAGAAACAGUGAAAAGUCCAAGAUAAGAAUGUUAUCAAAAGACUGCAGCCAAGAGUACACAGACUCAACAGGAAUAGAUUUGCACGAAUUUCUGGUUAACACAUUAAAGAACAAUCCUAGAGAUAGAAUGAUACUGUUAAAAAUGGAGCAGGAAAUAAUUGAUUUUAUUAGUGACAACAGUAAUCAUUAUAAAAAGUUCCCCCAGAUGUCGUCGUAUCAGCGAAUGCUGGUGCACAGAGUGGCAGCUUACUUUGGCAUGGAUCACAACGUGGAUCAGACUGGAAAAUCGGUAAUUAUCAACAAGACCAGCAAUAUGAGAAUACCAGAGCAAAGGUUUUCUGACCAUUUAAAAGAUGACAAAGGUGAAGAAUCCCAGAAGCGAUUUAUCUUGAAGCGAGAUAACUCUAGUAUUGAUAAAGAAGACAAUCAGCAAAACAGAAUUCAUCCAUUUAGAGAUGACAGACGAAGUAAAUCAAUUGAAGAGAGAGAAGAGGAGUAUCAGAGGGUGAGGGAGAGAAUAUUUGCACAAGAUUCAGUUUGCUCCCAAGAAAACCUUUUUGUGGAUAACAGGCUCCUAGAGGAUAGCAUAUGCAAUGAAACUGUUAAGAAAAGACAGCUCUUCAGGGGUAACAGAGAUAGCACAGGGAAGGCAUCUGGCAGUCGGCAAAGCAGUACAGAUAAUGAACUGAAAUGGACAGACCACCAGAGGCCGUGGAGCAGCACUGACUCAGACAGUUCCAAUCGCAACUUGAAGCCAGCCAUAACAAAGACAGCAAGUUUUGGUGGAAUAACCGUUCUGACAAGAGGAGACAGCUCCUCGAGUAACAGGAGUACCGGCAAACUGUCUAAAACAGGUUCAGAGUCUUCCAGCAGUGCUGGGUCCUCAGGAUCUCUGUCCCGAACACAUCAGCCUCUCCCAAGCGCAUCCCUCGUGCCUGGAGUUACAGCUGCCUCUUCAAGCACGGUUUCCUAUACAGAGAAUGGGAUAGGUGGUCAGGUGGUCCCUAGCAACACCAGCUAUAUCAUACUUCCACUUGAAGCCACAGGAAUACCACCAGGAAGUAUCCUGCUCAAUCCACACACAGGUCAACCAUUUGUAAACCCUGAUGGUACACCGGCUGUAUACAACCCACCCAGCAGUCAGCAACCAAUUAGGAGUCAGAUAGUUGGACAGUCUCAACAACCACCUUCAUCUCAACAACCUGUGCAGCAACCACAGCAACAAAUGGCAAGCCACCUUGUCACACAGUCAGUUCAGGCUCUGCAGCCCUCCUCCCAAUCAGUGCCGUACCCAGCCGUUUCCUAUCCUCCUCAGCAUCUUCUGGCAGUGUCUCCAACGCAGCAGUUUCCUCUGCGAGAUGACAUGACAACACAGUUUAGCCAGAUGAGCUUAAGUCGCCAGUCCUCAGGAGACAACCCUGACUCACCUUCUGGUCCUGUCUACCCAUCACCUAUUAUACAGCAGUCUUCCCCACAGACUGGUUACGUCAUGGCAUCCCCAAGCCAGCAGCUCCCUCCUGGAGGUUUUACAGGUUCAGGUCCACCAGUAUCUCAACAGGUCCUGCAAGCCGCACCUCCACCCCAGGGAUAUGUACAGCAACCACCACCUGCUCAGAUGUCUGUGUAUUAUUACCCAUCUGGUCAAUACCCUACCUCAGCAACUCAGCAGUACAGACCCAUGGCCUCAGUUCAGUACAAUGCGCAGCGGAGUCCACAAAUGCCACAGACUACGCAGCAAGCAGGUUACCAGUCUGUCUUGUCUAGUCAACAACAAGGAUUCCAAGGACUCCUGGGAAUACAGCAGCCUCCCCAACCUCAGAACCUAAUGAAUAAUCAACAGGGAAAUCAGGUGCAAGGCAUGAUGGUCCAGUACCCAGCCAUGUCGUCUUAUCAGGUGCCAAUGACCCAGGGUUCUCAAGGACUGCAGCAACAGUCGUAUCAACAGCCAAUUAUACUACCUAAUCAAUCAGGUCAAGGAACACUUACAGCCACUGGAAUGCCCGUUUACUGUAAUGUCAUCCCACCCUCCCCACAGAACAAUCUACGUUUGAUUGCACCACACUGUCCUUCUAACAAUGUCCCAGUUAUCUCUGCCAACUGCAGGACAAACUGUGCAAAUAUUAACAAUCCCGGAUGGCAGGUCAAGUACUGAAACUGUGAAUUCUUAGUACAGAU